CAGGCCCAGCUCCGGGGAGACGGCCCAGCAGGGCUGGAGGGGCGGCCCGGGGGAAAGGCGCUGCUGCUGGGGGAUGUAGGGCAAACCCCGCCCUUGUGCCUGUCUCCCCAGAUCCGUAAAACGGUGACCGUGCCACUUCCUCCGGAAAGCCCUUUGGAUGCCGAGAGGGUCCCUGGCGGGGGUGCUGGAGAUGGAGCGCAGCGUCACCGCAGUGCUGGGCCAGGACGUGGUGCUGCCGUGCCGCUAUCGGGCGCAGGAGGGCGAGAAGGUGGUGCAGGUGACGUGGCUGAAGCAGGGCGCCGACGGGCAGAAUGUGGAGGUGGCGGUGCUGAACUUGGAGUACGGGGAGCACGUCCAGGAGCCCUACGCGGGGCGGGUGCUGCGGCGGGCACCGGGGCCGCUGGAGGACGGUGCCAUUGUGCUGAAGAACGCCGUGCAGGCCGAUGAGGGCGCCUACGAAUGCCGCCUCAUCACCUUCCCCUCGGGCAACUUCCAGGACAGCAUGACGCUCAGCGUGCUGGUGCCCCCGCUGCCAUCCCUGAACCCCGGCCCCCGGCUGGAGGAAGGGCAGGGGAGGACGCUGGCCGCCUCCUGCACAGCCGAGGGCAACCCCAUGCCCACCGUGACCUGGGAGACGCAGGUGCACGGCACCAACAGCACCCGCCAGUCCUUGCACCCCCGCUCGGCCUCCGUCACCAGCGAGUUCUUCCUGGUGCCCGGGCGCAGCAUGAACGGCAAGACGCUCACCUGCGUCGUCAGCCACCCGGGGCUGCCGCACGAGAAGAGGAUCACCCACGUGCUGAAUGUCGCCUAUCUCUCGGACGCCUCAGUGCGAGGGCACGAGGAGGAGGAGGACUGGCAGGCGGGCAAGGAGGGCGUCUCGCUGAAGUGCCUUGGCGAGGGCAACCCCCCACCCACCUACAACUGGACCCGGCUCAACGGCCCCAUGCCCGAAGGAGUGAAGGUCAAGGGGGCCACCCUCCUCUUCCAGAAACCCCUCACCCCCGACGACACAGGCGUCUACAUCUGCCAGGUCGCCAACAGGUUUGCGGCCAAGGAGGUUCGGGCCAGCAUCAGCAUAAAAGCAGAGAGCGAGCUGCAGAAGGUGAACGUGGUCUCGGCCUCGGUGGUGGUGGUGGGCGUCAUCGCGGCCGUGCUGCUCUGCCUGCUGGUCCUGGUCGUCGUGUUCAUGACCCUCUACCACCGACGGAAAACCAGGCGCAUCUCCGAGAAAUAUGAGGAGGAGCUGACCCUAACGAGGGAGAAUUCCAUCCGGCGCCUGUACUCCAGCCACAGCGCCAGCACCCGCAACCAGACAGAGGAAACCCUGCACCUGCGGGGGGACAGCCGGCAGGGAAGCCUGCGGGGGGACAGCCUGCGCGGCACCAGCAUCUGCUCCGUCAUGAUGCUUGGGCAGGAAGUUAGCUUGGAGGCAGCAGAACUCACUUCCUGCCGGGUGCCGAUCCCCAGCCCUGACAGCGAACAGGAGUGCAACGGUGCAACGCGUUUUACGUCAGGCCUGGGCCUCGGCAGCUUCCUCUCUUGGGUGCUGCUUCCGCUGCUGAGCCGCCCGGCCGGGGGCUCCCCACACCCUGGGGCUGAGCUUUCAGGGCUUCGUUCCCAGGCCACAGACUCUCUCUGGACUGAUUUCUCGUUUGGAUCCAGCCCAAGCGAAGAUUUCGGCAGCCAGAGGUUGAUGCUGUAG